AUGAUUUUAUUGAUUUUUGUGUUGCCGUUUUUGGUUAUUUGGAAUAUUUUGAUAUCGGAGAACUAUGUUUUUCCAGUUUUCGGCGGGUUUUCAGUGACUUAUCGGAGAAGAGUUAGUUGGGUGAGUUAGCCUAAGUCAAUCUUGUAGUGAAGAUAGUGCCGCGUACGCGGAAGCUUGCGGUUUACACUCGCUACGCUCGAUUGAAGAGCAUGUAGAAUUGAGAGACACAGAGAAACUAGAGGGCUAGAGACGCAGGGAGACUGGCCGCUGAAGCGGAAGAUUGUUCCGCUUACGCGGAAGCUUGCGGUUUACACUCGCGCUAAACGCGCUCGAGUUAUUUGUAUUGCUAAAUUUUUUUUAAGUCUGGAUACAGACGAGGCUACCAAUCAAUGUUUUUAAGAUCCUAAAAACCUUAAUAAAUUUUUGAAACGUAAAAAAUUCUGGAAUAUUUUUAAAACAGAAUUUAGUGCUGAAAAUUAGGAAAAUAAUUUCAAUAAUUUUUGCUAGUCUGAAGUUUUGUGCUAAAAAUCAUGGAAUUUUGUACUUUCGGUGCAAUAGGCGAUUCUGGAGCAAAACUUUCAGAUCUCAAAAAAUUUGAUAAAAUUUUGAAACAAUGAAAAAUGUUGGUACUUUUUUUUCUAGAUCAGAAUUUUGUGAUGGAAAUCUUGAAAUUCCUCAUUUUCAGCAAAUUUUCAGCAUUUCCUUGAUCUUCAGCUCAAAAUUUCCGUAUUCAAACAUAAUCCUAUCAUUUUUUCUAGAUCCAAAAAAAUAAUAAUGAAUUUUUGAAACAGUGAAAAAUUCAGAUUAUUUUCUCGAAUAGGAAUUUGUGCUGAAAAUCAUCAUUUUGAGCACAAGGAAAUUUUUCACUAAAAAUCAAAAUUUCAAUCGAAAUUUUUCUAGAUCCAAAAAAAAUAAUAAAUUUUUGAAACAGUGAAAAAUUUAGUAAUUUUUUUCUAGAACAGAAUUUUAUGCUGAAAAUCAUAGAAUUCUUCAUUUUCAUUAGAUUUUCAGCACCUUAGCGGAAGCUUGCGGAAAAAAAUCAAUAAUUCUUCCAGGCUUCCGCAAACAACACCCUAAUCUCAUUCAUCCUUAUCGCAUCCCUAGUCACAGUAUUUUCAAAUUCAAUAACAAUUCAAAAAAUGCGAACAAAAUUGAAAAAACGACUAUUAUCAGCAGAGCGCACUUUGUGCAUUCGCUCAAUUUGGAUGAGUUUUCAGUUUAUCAUUGCCACGUGUUUCCAAGUUUCGCUGAUUUUUAUGAAUCCUGGCGAUCCGAAUUAUGAAUUGAUUUAUGGUUUACAGUAUAUUCCGUGGGAUAUUUUGAAUGUUAUGUGAGUUAGGCUAACUUAGGCUCGGCCUAUGAAGAUUAGAAAGAAAAGAUAGUGCCUUUUCCGGAUUUACAGUCGCUUCAAUCGAUUAGAGAGCAUGUAGAUUUGAGAGACACAGAGAUACCAAAAAGCUAGAGACACAGAGAAACCAGAGGGCUAGAGACGCAGAGAAGCUAGCCGCUUACGCGGAAGAUUGUGCCGCUUACACGGAAGCUUGCGGUCUACACUCGCGGCUCUGCCGCUCGCCAACUCUAUUUGUUCCAGCUCUCCCUUGAUUAUGAUCUACAUGACUCCAAAAUUACGCGGAUUUCGAAUUCGACCUCGAACUACAUCAAUUCCAACUAUAGUUUCAAGCAAUAUUCACACUUGAUUCUAAAAUUUGGCUGAAAAUAAAGUAAUUUGCACUUUUCAGAUUUUUUUUUGAAAAAUGAAAAUAAUUCAGAAGACCUCGAGAAAAUUCAAAUUUUCAGGAAAAAUUUGAAAAAAAUAAAAUUUCAGCAGUUUUAUGAUUUUCAGCACAAAUUCUGAUCCUAAAAAUAUUUCCUGAAUUUUUUCACUGUUUCAAAAAAUUAUUAAUUUUUUUUUGAUUUGGAAAAUGUCGAUGCGGUUUCUCGAUUAGUCUUAAAAAUCUAAGAAUUUCAAAAACUACAAGACUGAAAUUUUGUGCUAAAAAUCAAGGAAAUACUGAAAAUUACUGAAAACUAAGAAUUCUAUGAUUUUCAGCACAAAAUUCUGAUCUAGAAACAAAUUUUCUGAAAUGUUUCACUGUUUCAAAAAUUUAUUGAAUUUUUUUUGGAUCUGGAAAAAAUUUGAUACAUGAAAAAAUUUCCCUCCAGACUGAAAUUUUGUGCUGAAAAUCAUGAAAGUACUGAAAAUUACUGAAAACUAAGAAUUCUAUAAUUUUCAGCACAAAAUUCUUAUCUAGAAAAAAAUUUCUCGAAAAUUUUUCACUGUUUCAAAAAUUAGAUACAUUUUUGGGAUCUUAAUUCUUAUUUUGAUAAAACUUGUUGACGUCUUCCAUCCCAAAAUUUUGCGCUGAAAAUCAUGGAAAAGCUGAAAAUUGCUGGAAAAGAAUCAUAUGAUUUUCAGCACAAAAUUCUGAUUUAGAAAAAAUAUCAUGAAACUUUUCACUGUUUUAAAAAUUUCUUAUACUUUUUGGAAUCUGGAGAAAAAUUGAUAGUUGAAAAACAUUCUUUACAGACUGAAACUUUGUGCUGAAAAUCAUGAAAGCACUGAAAAUUGCUGAAAACUAAGAAUUCUAUGAUUUUCAGCACAAAAUUCUGAUCUGGAAAAAAAUUUCAUGAGCACAAAAUUCUGAUCUGGAAAAAAAUUUCAUGAAAUUUUUCACUGUUUGAAAAAUUCUUUAUAUUUUUUGAAAUCUUGAAAACUCUCUGCGUCUCUAACUCUCUAGUUUCUCUGUGUCUCUCAAAAAUUUUUGGCGCCAAAAACUAUGGAUUUCAACAGAAAUUUCAACUGAGAAUGAAAAUCUCUCUCGAGAUUUCCUGACAACAAUUUUUUUGUGUGUGUUGUUGUGUUGUCAAAUUGAGAUGCGUGCGAAACUCAAUUGACUUUUUCUUUUUUUGUUGCUUUUUUGACUUUUUUUGGAGAGAAAACGGAGAAAUUGUACUAUUUUUAGGAAAAAAAACAUUUUUUUUUCCCUAAUCCGAGAUAAUUACUAUUCCCGGUUUCCAUAGAAGCGCACCUGAACUUUUUAUUUUAUUUUUUUUUUGGAAAAUGGGUUUUCAACAUUUUUAUUAUAAAUAUUAGGUCAGAAGAUAAAGAUUGUGAAGCUGAAAUUUUUUAAAUCUGAAGUUUUGGGCUCAAAAAAAUUUAGUGCGAUUAUUUUUUAUAUAAAAAGUUUCCCACGUGGAUUAUUUUUAGAGCAGAAUCUUUUUGAACCAAAAAAUUCAUUUUUUUUAUGCGGGCUCCUUGAAGCAAGCAGCAAUAUUCAGCUCCAAAAUUUCAGCUCCAAAAUUUCAGCCCUAAAAAUUCAGCUUCGAAAUCUGAGUUCUAAAUUCACUGCUCAAGAAUUUCAGCUCCAAAAAUUUCAGCUCCAAAAUUCCAGCUCUAGAAAAAUUCCUUCUCCCCGGCCAAAAACAAUUUUUGAUCUACCAAAACCAGAAAAUGUUGUCCAAUUCACCAAGAGCAACGUGUUUUGUGCUCUGUUUUUGAGCCAAAGCGAAAUUGGAAGAAAAAGAAGACGGAGGUCUUUCGGAAAUAACUACCUUUUUCCUCAUUCUUUUGUUUUUCUGGCCAAUUUUUGUCCAAAAACAAUUUUUUUUUCUUCAGGAACCGUUGAAAAUGAGCAAAAACACGGCGAAUUUCACCACUCGGUUAUCGCUGAAUAUUCCAAGUAUUCCGGAGAAUGUGAUCAGUCAUUUGAGACAGUGGAAUGAAUGGUGAGUUACGGAAGGGUGCGGAAGGGUGCGGAAAAUGGUUCACUUCGCAUUUUCCAGCAGCGCACACAAAUAGGCAAUUUCACCCCCGCUGAACAAGUACCCCGCGUGGCUCAGUGGCAACGCGCUGGAUUUUCAACCCAACGCUCGAUGGGUUCGAUUCCCCAUGCGCGCUACCCAAAAUUGUGUUUUUUUUCAAAGUAUAAUUCAGAAGUUCUCCCCAUUUUUGCUCUUUUUUCUUCCUUUUCUGGUGCACAUCGAUCUCUCUGUUUCUCUGCGCACUCUCACCCUCUCACCCAAUCUCCCUAUUUCCUCCAAUUUUUCAGCUAGCUUUUUUUGUCAUGUGUAUGUGAGUGUCUCUCUCUCUGAGAAUUGGCUUUUUUUAUUAUAUUAUUUGCGAGCCGAGAGAGCUCUGGGGCUAUAAUUACAAAAUGCUUUUGCUCGGCGAGCUUUCGAAGUUUUUUGGCGCCAAAAAUUCUUCAUUGCAAGUUUUUCACGCCAUUUAUUUUUCAUUUUUUUCCCAGAAAGUGUCCUAUUUCUAUUUUUGUCUCAAGAAAAAAAAUUUUUUGUUUCCCAACAAAAAAAAGUUGUUUUUUUGGCCUCAUUUUUUCCGCCUAAAUGGUCUUUUUCCUUUUCGAAAAAAAUAUUUUAUGACUUUUUUUCGAGCAAAAAAAUUUUUGUUAUUUUCUCCAGGGACUAGGUUUUUACCGCAAGCGUCCGCUUAUGCGGAAGCAUGCGGCCUCAAUUUAACAGAAUAUUGCUCAUAUUAAUUAUGACGUUCUGAAGCCGAUUGAGAUUUUUCCUUCCACAAAAAAAUUAUACACAAUUUUUGAAACAGUGAAUUUUUUCAUGAUUCAAAUUUUCUGAAUUUUCCUUAUUUUUUGUUCAUUGCUCAUAUUAGAUUAAAUUUGUCCAACCAAAACUCUCCUGAAACAGUGAUUGCUCAUAUUAUAGCGAAAAAAUCCUGGAAUUUAGGAAAAAGUUAGAACAGUUCAAUAAUGUAUGCUACAGAAAUUGAGAUUCUUCCUUUUGAGAAAAAAUUUAACAAAUUUUUUGAAACAGUGCAUUUUUUUAUUUUCCUAAUUUUCUGGAUUCUCCCUAUUUUUUGAUCAUUGCUCAUAUUAAUUCUAAAGUUCUGAAUUUAGGUCAACAUAAAAAAGAAAAAACCCAUUGAAUUUUUUUCUUCCACAAAAAAUUAUACAAAUUUUUUGAAACAGUGAAUUUUUUUCAUUUUUCCAAAUGUUUCAUUUUUCAUGAAUUUUCCAUCAUUGCUCAUAUUAGAUUAAAAUUAUUCAAAUAAAAAAUUCUCCUGAAACAGCGAUUGCUCAUAUUAUAGCAAGAAUCUGGAAUUUAGGUCUGAAAAAGUUAGAACAGUCUAUAUAUACUACAGAAAUUGAGGUUUUUCUUUUGAGAAAAAAUUAUACAAAUUUUUUGAAACAGUGAAUUUUUUUUCAUUUUCCUAAUUUUCUGAAUUUUUCAAUUUUUCGAGCAUUGCUCAUAUUAGAAAGUUUCUCAAAUUUAGCUCAUCAAUAUUGCAAGUUUAUUGAAUUUUUAGUCUUCAGAAAAAAAAAUAUACAAAUUUUUUGAAACAGUGGAUUUUUCAUGUUUCAAAUUUUCUGGAUUUUCCCUAUUUUUCCGAGCAUUGCUCAUAUUAGUUUUAUAUUCCAGAGCAUUGCUCAUAUUAUAUUUCCUAGAUCAAAAGUCGCAAAUGAAAGUGUAUAGCUUGAAAAAAAUUGUAUAAAUGAAUUCAGCUGGCUUUUUCUCUUUCCUUUUUUUGACAUUUUCAAUUUUCAUCAAAAUUAAUCGAAUUUUUUUUGCGCUCGCGCGAAGCAGAAGCUUGUGCAAUACAUAUUUCCUUGUCAUUUUUCAUUCAUUUUUUCUGAGAAAUGAGUUAGAGUAAGUGUCGAGUGGGAAAAUGUGAUCUUUGGAGAAUUUUUUUAGCAUUAUUUUCCAAAUUCCUAAAUUCAAUUAUGAAAAUUUUGAAACAGUGUAAUUUUUGCGAAAAAAUUCACUGUUUUUAAUUUUGAAAAGUAAUGAAUUGUUUUUUCUUCAAUUGCUAAAAUUUCAAAAAUCCUGAAACAGUGAAAAUUUUGAAAAAUGUUUUUUUUAACAUUUCGAUUUUCAAACUUUGCCACGUCAUAACUCAUUUCCAGAAUUUUGAAACUUUUUUAUGCUUGAACACAAAUUAUGCUUCAGAUCAAUUCUCAAAAUUCCCAAUUUCAUUUCUAAAAAUUUUGAAACAGUGAAAUUUUCAAGUCCACAAUUUCCCACGCGCGCCUCGCAUUUUAUAUUCGACAUUUCAACAGCUUUUAAAAAAACGAUGCGUGGCCGAGUGGUAAACACGCGUGCAAACUGUUGCAAGACCCGGGUUCGACCCCCACCCGCGCCUAAUUUUUUUGUAUUUUUUUUCUUAAUUUUCCGCGCUAAAAUCCACAUUUCCACGUAAAAAACAUAAUCUUCUCCUCAUAUUUUCCUUUCCUUAUAAUAAAAUACGUCAAUCCCCGGAUUUUCUUCUAUUUUCGAUUUAAUCCCAACUAAAAUUACAUUUUUCUCAUUUUUUUCUAUUUUUUUUUUGCUUCUCAUAGAUAUUAUCAGCAGAAAAAAUUUAUUACUAUUUUUCCACUCGCGAAAACGAAUUAAACCCGCACGCGCGCGCGAAAAAUACGUUUCCAUGGUGAGCCGAAAAAUCUAUUUUUUGUAGUUUUUGUUUUUUUUUCAGCUCAUUUAUUAUUCAUUGUGAGAAAAGUGUGUGAAAAAUUCGAAAAAAUUCAAUGAAUUUUAGAUUUUUCCCUCGCGCGCGCAAAAGCACAUGAGCACUUUUUUGCACAAAAAUUAGUUGAGGCUGAAUUUUUUUGAGCUGAAAAUGGGAGCAGGUGCUUUUUAGCAUUUAGAAAAGUUUUUUCAAAGUAAAAUGUUAGAUCUAGUUAUCAGAAAUCUGAGAUUUUGAUUUUUGAUGCAAAGAGCUGAGCCUUGAGAGUCUCUCUGUCAAGCACCCGCGCCUUAAAAGCGUCUCUGACAAACAGCCGUGCCUUGAGAUCCUCCCUGUCAAGCAACCACGCCUUGAGAACCUCCCUGUCAAACAGCCGUCCCUUGUGGUUUUCUCUGUUAAGCAGCCGCGUAUUGAGAACCCUUCUGUCAAGCAGCAGUAGCUUGAGAUUUUCUUCUUCAAGCAACCACGCCUUGAACUCAAGAAAUCAUUACUCAUAUUAAAUUUUUGAAAACAUUGCUCAUACUAUCUUCUGAUAUCUUCUUCUCUAUUUUUUUCCAACAUUAUCCACAAAUGAUCAGCUCGAAAAUUGCAAAAUUCAUUUAUGAAAACUUCGAAACAGUGAAAUUUCUCCUCCAAAAAUCUCUCUAUUUACAGGAUGUUAGGCGGUCGGGGUGAAUCCACAUCCUCCUCCUCCUCAUCUCCACCUCCACCAUCAACUUCAACAACCGGACCACCCACUCUGGAUCAUCGCAUAUUUCUGUCGGCCGCCUCGAUGGUCCGACAACAAUCGGAUACGACUGGAGUGAGAAGGUUGCAGAGGGGAAAUGCUGUGAGAGAUGAUGAGGAUGAUAUGGGACCACAUACGAGUACACAUGUAAGUUUGGGGAAACGACACUCCGCCUUUACACUAUUCAGUUAAUCUUGAGAUUGUGGGAUUUUUGAAAUCCAGGUUAGGCUUAGGCUUUUUAGGCUUAGGCUUCCAAGGCUUUUAAGGCUUUUAGAUGCUUCUAAGGACCUAGGCUUCUUAGGCUUAGGCUUUUCAGGCUUAGGCUUAUUAGGAUUAGGCUUUUUAGGUUUAGGCUUAUUAGGCUUAGGCUUUUAAAGCUUAGGUUUUUUCUUCGGCUUGUUUUUUUAGGCUUAAGCUCAGGCUUUAAAUGUUUUCCAGCCAGAAGAAAAUUUGUUUUUUUUUUCAAGAAAAUUCAGAUUUUGACUACAUUUUCACUACAUUUUGAACACAAUUUCAGUCAAGAUUUUUUUCAGAAAAUUAGAUUUUCCCCCAAACUUUUUUCCGAUCAAAAAUAAACUUUGCCGCAAAGAAAAAGUGACGCAAAAAUCCAAUUAUUAGAUUAAAAAUUGCUUUUUUUGGGCGGAAAAUUAUUCGGACUUUAUGACGUAGCCUACAAAUGUCAUAAAUGGGUUCUGAAAUUAAUGUUUACUUGCUGAAAAUGAUCCCGAAGUCGAAAAUUUGCCAUAAACUUCUGUGAGCCCUACUAGAAAGUUUUAAAGUUUCCCUGAAUUCUUCUAGGAAAAAAAUGGGUUCAGUAAGUAAGCUGGAAGGAUUUAAAAAUGAUUUUUUGCACGAAAAAAUUGGGAUUUUUAGCUUCUCUAAAUCUUCUAGAGCUUUCAAAUCCCAAAUAAAUCUUCCUAAAAUUUGUUUUUUUUUCUCUAGCAUUCGGGUUAUAGUUUUUUAGAGAAAGUUUGUGCUGGAAAUCGUGUAAUUGUUGGUUUUCAACAAUUUUCAGCGCAAAAUUUAGGUCUAGAAAGAUACAUAUUUGUCUUUUCUAAAUCGAUUUUUUUCAGAUCCCAAAAAAUUUAUUGAAUUUUUGAAACAGAAAAAUUCAGGAAUAUUUUUUCUAGAUCAAAAUUUAGAGCUGGAAAUCAUAGAAUUCUUAAUUUUCAGAAGUUUUCAAAAAGCUCAAACUGCGAACUAUCGAAAACUUUUUGAACCUCAAAAAAAUAUAAUGAAUUUUUGAAACAGUGAAAAAUUCUGCAAUAUUUUUUCUAGAUAAGAAUUUUGAGCUGACAAUCAUGGAAUUCUUCAUUUUCAGAAAUUUUCCGCAAUUUCAUGAUUUUCAGCGCAAAAUUCAGGUCUGGAAAAUAUCGCCACAGAAAUAUCAAACAUUUUUUGGACUUCAAAAAAUAUAAUGAAUUUUUGAAACAGUGAAAAAUUUAGAAAAUUUUUUUCUAGAUCAGAAUUUUGUGCUGGAAAUCUUGGAAUUCUUCAUUUUUAACAAUUUUCAGCAGUUUCAUGAUUUUCAGCUAAAAAUUUAAGUCUGGAAAAUGUUGCUACAGAAUUAUCAAAAAAAAAAAUUCAAAAAAUAUAAUGAAUUUUUGAAACAGUGAAAAAUUCAGGAAUAUUUUUUCUAGAACAGAAUUUUGCACUGUAAAUCAUGGAAUUCUUGAUUUUCAGAAAUUUUCAGCACUUUUGAGAUUUUCAGCACAAAAUUUAAGUCUAGACAAAGACACAACUAUCAUAUCAAAAUUUUUAUAGACCUCAAAAAAUAUAAUGAAUUUUUGAAACAGUGAAAAAUUUAAAAAAAAAUUUUCUAGAUCAGAAUUUUGUGCUUAAAAUCAUAGAAUUCUUCUUUUUCAGAAAUUUUCAGCACAAAAUUUUAGGACUGGAAUAACUUCAAUAUCAACAUUUUUAGACCUCAAAAAAUAUAAUGAAUUUUUGAAACAGUGAAAAAUUUAGAAAUAUUUUUUCUAGAUCAGAAUUUUGUGCUGAAAAUCAUAGAAUUGUUGAUUUUCACGGAUUUUCCAUGAGUUUCAGCGCAACAUUUUCAAAUUUAGAAAGCUACUUAUGUAUUUAGAAUCCACGUUUUCCAGCGCCGCUAGCCAAAAAUUCCAAUUUUUUUCUUUUUUUCCCUCAUAAAGAGUAUUGUUCCCCAGAGAAUUACUAGUUUUUCGUUCUUUUUGAAGAAAAAAAAAAGGGAAAAAAGUCCAUUUUUUCGCUCACUUUUUUAUUCGCCAUCUCCUUAUUCGAUAUGUUUUUUUUUGAUGAAAAAUGACAAAAAAAAAUUUCAUUUUCUUUUGAGCUUCUUGACUUUUGAUGAGUUUUUCUAGAAGCUAUUUUUGGCGCGAAAAAUGUGUUUUUUAAAAAUAAAAAUUCGACUUCCGGCAACUCGAAAAUUUCCGGUUUGGAAAAAUUUUUCCAAAAAAAAAUCUGGGCUGGAAAAAUCUCAUUUUGAUUUUUUUUGAGUGGAUUGCUUUUUUGACGCCAAUUUUAUUUGGUUUUCGAAAAAUAUUUGUCUGAGACCAGAAUUUCCGGGUUACAAAAAAAAAUUCGAAUUUUCAAAUUUUACAGCUCACACAUUCAAUGACACCUCUUUUGGCUCGACCUACACGACAUGUUAAGGUGAGUUGGGCUAACUUAUUUUAUUCUAGGCUGAAAUUUUGUGCUGAAAAAAGCGCCGAAAAUUGUUGAAAUUGAAGAAUUCCCUGAUUUUCAGCACAAAAUUCUGGUCUAGAGAAAAAAUUCCGAAAUUUUUCACUGUUUCAAAAAUUUAUUAAAUGUUUUGAGGAAUCUGAAUGGAUUCGAUGGUUGGUUGUUGUUUCUUAAAAAUUUAAAUUUUCUGUUGAAAAUCAUCGAAAUUGCUGAAAAUCCCUGAAAUUAAAGAAUUCCACGAUUUCCAGCGAAAAAUUUUGAUCUAGAAAAAAAAUUCCUGAAUUUUUCACUGUUUCAAAAAUUUAUUAAAUUUUUUGGGGGUCUAAAUAAAUUCGAUAGUUGAUAUUCUUAUAGUGGUUUUAUGAUUUUCAGCACAAAAUUUCAGUCUGACUCAUAUGUAAUCCUGAGAAAAAAAACAAGAAACCCUAGAAGUUUCCCUGAAAAAAAUAACAAAAAUAUUUGUCAUUCUCGAUUCAGAAAAUAUUUCGAGAUCUCUGAAAUUCUGAAAUUCUAUCAUCUUGAAUUUAAAUUUGCUCCGGAAAUCCAUUUGCAUGAAACUUUCAAACUUUUAGUUUGAAAAUCAUAUUUCUCAGAUUUUUUUCUGAAAAACUGAAAAUAAAUUAAUGUAUCCUUGGUAACUGAUUGAAUAUCUCUUGAGAAAUCUAGAAUUAUUCUGAAAUUGUUUUUCAGCAAAUAAAUAUCUAUAAUUUUCAGGUUAUCAGACAUCAGAAAAGCGAGAGCUAUAUACAAUUGAAUCAAUAUAAACUGAUGGAGGAAAUUGGACAGGUUAGUUCAGAGACCAAAUUUGAAAAGCCUAAUUGUAAGAGCAUAAAAUUCUCAUGAGGAAGUGUUUUAUGGGGUGAGUCAUAAAAAUAAAUUGACAAAAAAAGUGCGAUUAAUUUCACGUUUUUUGUCAAUUAAUCGCAUUUUUUCAGAAAUGAAUGCGAUUAAUUGACAAAAAACGUGAAAUUAAUCGCACUUUUUUUGUCAAUUUAUUUUUAUGACUCACCCCAUUAGGUUCUGAAAUCAACUUUUGAUGAAACAUAGUGAAAUAUAGUAAUUCGACAAUUCUAAAACCGAUACCGAAGUCAAAAAUUUCCAUAACCUCCUGUGAGUUCGAUUUUGGAGCUCCAAACUUUUCAUUUGGGUGGUUUUUCGCUCAUUUUUUGCAAUCCGAUGUUGAAUUUCACAUUUAUUUUCUCAUAUAUGAUGUUCUCGAUGAAAAUCCUGAAAUUUCCUGAUUUCACGAAAAAAAAAACAAAUUGAAAAAGCAAACGAGAGAGUGUUGUGUGUAGAAGAGACGAGAGAGAAGAGGAGAGAAAAUGAGAGAUAGAAAAGUGUAAGAGAGACGUCAGACAACACGACGGUUUGUGAAUUUUUCUCAACCCCAAAACCAUUUUUCGUUUUUUCACAAAAAAUGCUAAAAUCGUUCAUACUCAACCAAAUUUCAUGAUCUUUGCAGCAAAAGAUAGCAAAUUAACGAGAAUAGAGAUUGCAAGAAGAAAAACUUCAAAAACUUUUCUCCAAACACCAAAAAACUAUGAUUAUAAGUUUUUCGCUCAUAUUUUGCAAUCCGAUGUUGAAUUUUACAAUUCUAUUCUAUUUUUCUGUCUUUUCCUUGUGUUUCUCUAUUUUCUCAUAUAUGAUGUUCUCGAUGAAAAUCCUGAAAUUUCCUGAUUUCACGAAAAAAAACAAAUUGAAAAAGCAAACGAGAGAGUGUUGUUUGUAGAAGAGACGAGGGGAGAAGAAGAGAAAAUGAGAGAUAGAAAAGUGUAAGAGAGACGACAGACAACACGACGAUUUGUGAAUUUUUUUGCCAACCUCAAAACCAUUUUUCGUUUUUUCACAAAAAAUGCUAAAAUCGUUCAUACUCAACCAAAUUUCAUGAUCUUUGCAGCAAAAGACAGCAAAUUAACGAGAAUAGAGAUUGAAAAAAGAAAAUCUUUAAAAACUUUUCUCCAAACACCAAAAAACUAUGAUAAUAAGUUUUUCGCUCAUAUUUUGCAAUCCGAUGUUGAAUUUUACAAUUCUAUUCUAUUUUUCUGUCUUUUCCUUGUGUUUCUCUAUUUUCUCAUAUAUGAUGUUCUCGAUGAAAAUCCUGAAAUUUCCUGAUUUCACGAAAAAAAAACAAAUUGAAAAAGCAAACGAGAGAGUGUUGUUUGUAGAAGAGACGAGGGGAGAAGAAGAGAAAAUGAGAGAUAGAAAAGUGUAAGAGAGACGACAGACAACACGACGAUUUGUGAAUUUUUUUGCCAACCUCAAAACCAUUUUUCGUUUUUUCACAAAAAAUGCUAAAAUCGUUCAUACUCAACCAAAUUUCAUGAUCUUUGCAGCAAAAGACAGCAAAUUAACGAGAAUAGAGAUUGAAAAAAAGAAAAUCUUUAAAAACUUUUCUCCAAACACCAAAAAACUAUGAUAAUAAGUUUUUCGCUCAUAUUUUGCAAUCCGAUGUUGAAUUUUACAAUUCUAUUCUAUUUUUCUGUCUUUUCCUUGUGUUUCUCUAUUUUCUCAUAUAUGAUGUUCUCGAUGAAAAUCCUGAAAUUUCCUGAUUUCACGAAAAAAAAACAAAUUGAAAAAGCAAACGAGAGAGUGUUGUUUGUAGAAGAGACGAGGGGAGAAGAAGAGAAAAUGAGAGAUAGAAAAGUGUAAGAGAGACGACAGACAACACGACGAUUUGUGAAUUUUUUUGCCAACCUCAAAACCAUUUUUCGUUUUUUCACAAAAAAUGCUAAAAUCGUUCAUACUCAACCAAAUUUCAUGAUCUUUGCAGCAAAAGACAGCAAAUUAACGAGAAUAGAGAUUGAAAAAAGAAAAUCUUUAAAAACUUUUCUCCAAACACCAAAAAAAGAUGAUUAUCGGUUUUUCAGCUUGAUUUCCCUCGACUUUUAUAAUGUUCGACUUGUUUUCUAUGAAUAUCUAUACCAUAAUUAAUUUUCAAACGGAAAAACAUUUUAAUUUUUCCCAUUUUCCAGGGCUCAUACGGUAUCGUCAAGUUGGCUUAUAAUGAACGAGACAAGAAUCUAUACGCUCUAAAAGUCUUGGACAAAAUGAAGCUCAUCAAAAACUUUGCGUGUUUUCGUCAACCGCCAGCUCGAAACAACAAAGCUCCGCCAAAACUCCCUCUUCAAUCAGUGCAGAAAGAAAUUGCGAUUUUGAAGAAGUUGUCACAUCCGAAUGUCGUGAAGUUGACUGAAGUUCUAGAUGAUCCGAAGGAUGAAUAUUUAUAUAUGGUUUUUGAAUUUGUGGAGCAUGGCUCGAUUUUGGAAAUUCCGACGGAUAAACCGUUGGAUGAAGAUGCGGCGUGGAAUUAUUUUCGGGAUACGUUGUGUGGGCUGGAAUAUCGUGAGUGGGGGCGUUAGCUAGUUUAGAAGAGCUUUUAGAAGCUCUCAGAAAUCUUUAGAAGCGUUUAUGAGCCUUCAGAAGCUUCAAGAAUCCUCCUAAAUCUGAAUUUUGAGCUGAAAAUCAUGGAUUCUGAGAUUCUCACAAGUCAGUGAAAAAUUUGAGUCUAGAAACGAAUUGCUCAAUGGAUCGAAUUUUUUAUAUCCCCAAGUAAUUUAAUAAAUUUUUGAAACAGUGAAAAAUUCUGAAAUUUUUUCUAGAUCAAAAUUUUGCACUGUAAAUCAUGGAAUUCUUGAUUUUCAGAAAUUUUCAGCAAUUUCAUGAUUUUCAGCGGUAAAUUCAGGCUAGGAAGUCUCGAAUAUCGAACUUUUUGAAAUUCCCAAGCAAAAUUUAAUAAAAUUUUGAAACAGUGAAAAAUUCAGGAAAUUUCUUGCUAGAUCAAAAUUUUGCGCUGGAAACCAAGGAAUUCUCAAUGUUCAGUAAUUUUCAGCAUUUUCAUGAUUUUCAGCAAAAAUUUAAGUCUAUAAAGAAUCUAUCGAAUUUAUUCAUCCCUGACAAAAUUUGAUAAAUUUUUGAAACAGUGAAGAAUUAAGCUGACAAUGUAAACAUUUCUAGAUCAGAAUUUUGCGCUGAAAAUCAUGGGAUUCUUCAUUUCCAGAAAUUUCCAGUAGUUUCAUGAUUUUCAGCGAAAAAUUUCAGACUAUACCAAAAUAUUCAAUCGAUUUAUCGAACUUUUUGAAAUUCUCAGAAAAAUCAAUGAAUUUUUGAAACAGUGAAAAAAUUCAGGUGAAAAAUUCUAGAUCAGAAUUUUGAGCUGAAAAUCAUAGAAUUCUUGAUUUCCAGCCAUUUUCAGCCAGCAUUUCCAUAAUUUUCAGCGGAAAAUUUAAGUCUAGACAAAAAUUUACCCCUAGCAGCUAACUCAUCAAAUUUAUUCAGUCCCCAAAAAAUUUGAUAAAUUUUUGAAACAGUGAAAAAUUCAGGAAAAUUCUUGCUAGAUCAAAAUUUUGUGCUGAAAAUCAUGGAAUUCUUGAAUUUGAGAAAUUUUCAGCACUAUCAUGAUUUUCAGUACAAAAUUUAUGUCUAUAACGGACUUAUCGCAAUUUUUCAGUCCCCAAAAAAUUUGAUAAAUUUUUGAAACAGUGAAAAAUUCAGGAAAUUUUUUUUCUAGAUCACAAUUUUGAGCUGAAAAUCAUCGAAUUCUCAAUUUUCAUAAAUUUCCAGUAGUUUUAUAAUUUUCAGCGCAACAUUUAAGUCUACAACAAAAUUUUCUUAUUGAUCGAAUUUAUUCAGCCUUCAAAAAAUUUGAUAAACUUUUGAAACAGUGAAAAAUUCAGGAAAAUUCUUGCUAGAUCAAAAUUUUGUGCUGAAAAUCAAAAAUAUGCUAAAAAUCCCAAAAUUUUUGCAGUUCACUACCAAAAAAUCGUGCACCGUGACAUCAAACCCUCAAAUCUCCUUCUCUCCGACGCGGGCCAAGUGAAAAUCGCAGACUUUGGUGUCUCCUGCGAAUUCGAAGGUAUCGACGCGUUUCUUUCCGGAACUGCCGGAACUCCCGCAUUCAUGGCACCGGAAGCAUUGAUAAUGGGAGCAAAACAUUUCUAUUCGGGACGGGCUCAAGAUAUUUGGUCGCUGGGUAUCACUUUAUACGCAUUUGUGAUUGGAACUGUUCCAUUUGUUGAUAAUUAUAUAAUUGCGUUGCAUAGGAAGAUUAAAACGGAGCCGGUGAUUUUUCCGGAUGAGCCGGAACUUAGCGAAAGUUUGAAGGAUUUGAUUUUGGGAAUGUUGAAGAAGGAUCCGGGACACAGAUUGAUGUUGGCUGAGAUUAAGGUGAGUCAGGCUCUUAACUUUAAUUAGCUUAAUUAGCUCUUAACUAGCUCUCAGGAUCUUGGGCACGAUUAUCAGUAGAGCGCACUUGCAAUUUUCUUUUCAAAUUUUUGCCACGUGGAUUUUUUUGAUUGCGAAUAAAUAUGCCACGUGUUUUUUCGAAAGUGGGCGUGGCUUAAAUGCAACUGCUGCACACCUUAUUGAAGAAGCAACGCCUUGAGAAUUGAAAUGGCAAGUAGCGGAGCCUAGAGAAUCUAGUUGUCAAGGAGCCGCGCCUAGAGAACCUAAUGGUCAAGCACCCACACCUAGGUUUCCACUCUAACAAGCAGCCGUGCCUUGAGAGAUCAUAAGCCAAGUAACCGAGCCUACAAACUACAAGUGUCAAGUAUCCGAGCCUAGGACCCGCAUCUACAUAAAGAGCCCUGCAAAACUCCAAAAUUUCCAGAUGCACAACUGGGUAACGCGCGAUGGAACCUGCCGAAUGCCAACCGAACAAGAAAACUGCACUCUCGUCACAGUAACCGAGGAAGAAAUCGAGAAUUGCGUGAGAGUUAUUCCAAGACUCGACACAUUGAUCUUGGUGAAAGCAAUGGGACAUCGAAAACGCUUCGGGAAUCCGUUCCGCGACAAGGAAAAAGCUGCGCAAAAUAAUAAACUCAGCGCUCAAAAUAGUAUCCGAGAUCGACGGAAGUCUUCGUCGGUUAAAGAUCCAACUUAUGUGCCGCCACCUCCAAGUUCACCACCAGCAAAUAAUCAAACGUAGGUUUUCCUGGGGCCUAUCGGGCCCAAAAAACUUUUAAAAUUCAAAUUAUUAUUCCAGCGAUCGGCCUGAAAUCAAAUGCAUAGAAAUGAGCUUGAGUGGGCUGACUCUUCAAGUCGACGAAGAUUCGACAUCAAUUCCCAAAUCUGAAUCCGCUAGGCAAUAA